CGGCAGUCUAUUGGAAUUACACGUAUUGGGCAGUAUCCUUGCAGCUCUCAAUUCUCAGGAAUUGCUCUGCCCUCUAGCGGUGCUCCAUUGGAAGUGCACGCAUGGACCGUAUCCCUAGAGCUAAGUGUUGGAUUAACAAGCCUUGUACAACAUACAAUUCAGUUCUGUGAAUAUUCACGCAAUUAAAUGAUGCUUUAAUGUGUUAAAAUAAAUUUCAUAACAUCCAAUUUCUGUUGGCUUCUUUGACACAUUUGUUUUGCGGCACGCUUCGAGGUCGUGAUUGGCCAGCGACAAGGAACGCGGUCAACCAAUCAGAGUGGCGAGUUGUCAAAACGGACCAAUCAGCGCCCGAGCGGUAGGUGUUCCGCUUUCCCUUGCAAUCCUUCUGCUGAUCCGACUUCAGAUUGAGAGAAUUCAAGAUGGCCCCCGCCUCAGGCUCCAGGUGAGGGCGCCGCUCUGAUCCUCUUUCUCUCUCUAGCGGCCAACUGAAGCUCAGUGCUGCAUCUUCCCUGUCUCUGCUUCCCCGUGGAGACGCCAUGUCCUCCACGUCGUCCUGCUCCUCUUCGGGGGAGACGAGCCCGGAGGAUGUUCCCCGAGGAGGAGGAACCAUCCGCGUCUACCUCCCCAACAAACAGCGCACGGUGGUGAACGUGCGUUCUGGUCAGACGGUGUACGACAGUCUGGACAAAGCGCUCAAGGUGCGAGGCCUCACUCAGGACUGUUGCGCCGUUUUCCGCCUCCUCGAAGGUCGUAAAAGGCUGACCGAGUGGAACACUGACAUCACACCCCUCGUCGGAGAGGAGCUUCUCGUUGAGGUUUUGGACGACGUCCCCCUCACCAUGCACAAUUUUGUUCGUAAAACCUUCUUCAAGUUAGCGUACUGUGACUUCUGCCACAAGUUCCUGUUCAACGGCUUCCGGUGUCAGACGUGCGGCUACAAGUUCCACCAACACUGCAGCAGCAAAGUACCCACGGUCUGCGUGGACUUGGAUACCAUGAAACGGUAUGCAGGAGACUGUCCGUCGGGCCCUUCUGAAGUCGUGCCCGAUCCUAUCCCCCUUGACCUCGCCUUAACACCUGACCCUACUGGUUCAGCGCUGCUCUCGCCGCCCUCGGCGUUCCACUUCCCCAUGCCGGGUGGGGACGGUUCGUCUCUGCAAAGGCAUCGCUCCAGCUCAACUCCCAACAUCAACACAAUCCUCCCGCCGGCUCCUGAAGCGUUCAACCUCAUCGAGGAGGUAGUAAAAUCCAACAGCCCAAUGGGACCGGAAUUCUCUCCCAAACCCUCAACCAGUCCGCCUCACCUCGGUUCUCCAGGUCGGAAACCACCCAAAUCGCCACCGGAGCGCAAACCGGUCCCCAUCCUAGACGCAAAAAGGGAACGGAAUCCGCGUUACAGAGACUCGAGCUACUACUGGGAAGUGCCCUCGCACCAAGUGACCAUGCAGAAGCGCAUCGGCGCCGGCUCCUUCGGUACCGUCUUCAAGGGCAAGUGGCACGGCGACGUCGCCAUCAAGAUCCUGAAAGUGACCGAGCCGACGCCGGAGCAGCUGCAGGCCUUCAGGAAUGAAAUGCAGGUCCUGCGAAAGACGCGCCACGUCAACAUCCUGCUGUUCAUGGGCUUCAUGACGAAGCCGCACUUCGCCAUAAUCACGCAGUGGUGCGAAGGCAGCAGCCUCUACCGCCACCUGCACGUCACUGAGACCAAAUUCGACACCAUGAGGCGCAUCGACGUGGCGCGCCAGACGGCCCAGGGCAUGGACUACCUUCACGCCAAGAACAUCAUUCAUCGGGAUCUGAAAUCUAACAAUAUCUUCCUGCACGAGGGUUGGACGGUGAAGAUCGGCGACUUCGGCUUGGCCACGGUGAAGUAUCGCUGGACCGGCUCGCAGCAGGUGGAGCAGCCCAGUGGAUCCAUACUGUGGAUGGCUCCCGAGGUGAUCCGCAUGCAGGACCCGAACCCUUACACCUUCCAGUCAGAUGUGUACGGCUACGGCGUGGUGCUGUACGAGCUCAUGUCCGGCACGCUGCCUUACUCCAAUAUCAACAACCGCGACCAGAUCAUUUUCAUGGUGGGUCGAGGCUACCUGUCACCAGACCUCAGCAAGCUGUACAGUAACUGUCCAAAGUCCAUGAAACGUCUCAUUAUCGACUGUCUGAAAUUCAAACAGGAUGAAAGGCCGCUCUUCCCUCAGAUCCUGGUGUCCAUCGAGCAGGUGCAGGAUCUCUUGCCCAAGAUCGAGCGCAGCGCCUCGGAGCCGUCGCUGCACCGCGCCGUUCACGCUGAGGACCUGAACCCGCUGCUGCUGCACACCACACGGUUCCUGCCUCUGUGAAACCAGACCCUUCUGCACAAGAUUCUGUCCUUCGCACUCACUAUACACACACACACACACACACACACACACACAUUCCUGCUGUGCAUUCCUUGUCUCUGUAACACAUCAGCAAAACUUUUCAGUCAUUCCAUUUCUCUGUUUAAACAAGCGGUCCUUGUAUUUUAUUCGUCCCUUAGCAACUCAAAACUCGAUCCGAUUGUAGCCACAUUUGCUUUACAAGUACGAGCGUUGAGAAACGCGAACGUUACCGAGUUACAGUGAUGCAUCCGUCAUCCCUUAUGGGGACUUUGAUCACAUUUCUAAUGAAACCCAUUUCAGUCACGUUCUGAUGCGGGACUACGAGCGUCUGGGUCUGCGCUUCCAAACACCAGUCGGUUUGCACAUUUCUAUUAGAAAUCCGUACAUAACGAGUGAACACUACAGGUUUUUUUUAUUUUUAUUAUUAUUAUUAUUUUUUAUUUUUUUUUAUAAGAGCACCAAUAUACCUUCCUGUCAGUCGCACUCUUACUUAAGCAAAGGCUUGAUUUUCGUUCAAAUAAUCAGUCGAGCGGGUUAUGUAUCGUCUCGUUACCGUGGUAACGAAGCAUUUUGUCCUUGUACAUUUUAAUUAGCCAGAAAUCAGGGGUGUUUUUGUAGUACCGAGGCAGAGCAGGCAGUUCGCAAAUGACUUUUCGAGAGUUUUCGCUGUAGUGCAAAUUAAUUCCUUAAUGCACACAUCACAUAGCUAGCUUUUAUACGAUUAUUUGUGCUGCCAUGGCAACCAGCAGUUAGCUUAAAAAUAUCCAGUGUUCUGUGACAGGUUAGUAAACAGUAAGUAGUUACAGUAUGUCGACGGGAAACUGCACCUUUACUGUAUUUUUUUGUUAAUGUUGUAGCAAUCUACAAUAUAUCAGCAUAUAAUGGUGUACCGUAAAAUUUAGAUGGUGGAAUCUUCUUGUGAACAUAUCGUAAAAGAAAAUAGCAACCAACUUAGCAAAUACCAUAACAACCACUUAGCAGCAACCCUGUAACAUCCUAGCAAGGCUUUGAAAUACCACAGCAACCACCUAGGUCACGGAGUACCUUGAUAUCCUAUCAUGGCUUCGAAACACCAAAGCUUUAGGAAGCGUCAUUGCUAGCAAGUGUGUAUCCGUAGACAGGUAUUAGCAAACCAUCACGAGUGCAUCCAGGUGAUAUUUUCUUGGUUACCAGGCUGUACAGUGCGUUUCGCGCAGGCUUGCCACUCUAGCUGAGAAUUUUUUUUUUAUAAAAAUCCGGUCCAAUCUGGACCGUGAAGCUGCGCAGCGUGGUGGCUCAGGAACGCAGAUGGCUGCAGUGAGUAAUCGCGCAGAGGGUGUGUUCUGUGGCACACAGAUGGGAAAAGAACUAGCCAUUUGUUAGCGACAGUGUGCAUACAGUCCACAUCAGAAUUAGAUAGAAAGACAGGUAAAAGGGGUUAAAGAAAUGUAAACUGUAUUUAUUGUCGUGUCUUUAUCCCCGUCAGCGUUGCAGUGAAUUUGGAGUUUGUCCUGGCAACGAUGAGGGUGAGACAGGAAAACACCCUGGCCACUUGAGCAGUCCUACAUGCUAUCACUUAUACAAAUGUAUCCAAGUGCGAUUGUGAUGUCAUUUUAGAAUCUUAUCUAUUUAUAAACCGACAUUCUGAGCGUUCAGCUUUUUAUUCAGCCACAAGGGGGCAGCAUAAACAAGGAACUCUCUUUGGAUGUAACAAAAAAGUUACAUGGCUGUUAUUUUUGGUUGGAGAAAUUGAGAUCAGCACAAGAUAGUCAGACAAAGUGGUGUUUUUUUUAUGGGCCGAUAUCAUUAAUUUAAGUGUAGUCUUAAUUAAUUUAAGCUGUUUUUUUUUUAUUUUUUUUUUAUUUUUUUUUUAGCUACGUUCUUUUAAAGGGGCUGGUUACCCCUAAGUAGGACUGUGUAAUUGUGAUGACACGGCAAUUUGCCAGCAGUUACAACUGUGUGUGUAUUUAAAAUAAGGAAAAAACAAGUCUUUUGUAGAUCCGGAGCCAUGAAGAACUGCCCGAGGUGCUCUUCUAGAUCACUAAUCAACACAUUUGACUGGUCAGACUCAAAUGGAUAAACAGUUAAAACGGAGCAUAUAUAUAUAUAUAUAUAUAUAUGUUUUUUUUUAACUAUUAAAUAUUUCUUUGCCAUUGUGUGCUCCUGAAGCCUGCAGAUUGUAAUGUUUGCUUGAUCACUGUGAAGCGCCUGUGUUUGGACCUUUUAUGGCUUUCUAAUUCUCACUAGAGCGAUUUAAGUCACUAGUCAUAAAAAGUAUCACGUACCCGUUGUGUCACUGUUGCAAAAACUAAUCGAUGUGCGUAUACAUAUGUGCUAUUCAAAGACGGGUCAAAAUAAAAAUGUGCUCGUUAGCUGACGUCCACACGCUGCAAAUCGACUGGUGUAGAUUUAUAAUUAACACACAACUGGUUAUUAAUGAGCUCUCGGAAAUCGUUGACGUCAUCCUUGGCUGCACACCUGUCGCAAUAGGUAAUCGAUUAAUCAACGUGUCAAAUACUUUUUGAGAAAUAUUCAUAUCUGAGUGGUAUGUGAGAUGUGUUCAAGAUUUUAAACGGUUUCAUGCAAGAUCGGUUUCCAUCCAGCUGAAGUGCGAGCUAACAUUUCAGAAAACAGUUCCAAUCCUGUUAGUAAUCCAAAACUAACUUUAUACAGUACAGACAAGUCAAUAAUCCUGUAACUUAAGUCAAGUGCGAUGUAAGUAAGAUACAAUGGGCGUUCAAGUCAAACCAGGACUUUUUGAUUAUGCAGAAUCAUUCAGAGUUUGCACCAACACAGUUAUAUGAGUAAAAACUCCCCUUAUUUCUCUUUAUAUAAUCCCCUGAUACACUAAAGCACUUAUCCUAGUGUUUCGUUAGUGCUUGGCUACCAUCAAUGUAGAAGGUUUUCUCAGUAUACCAAAGCCAUGAUCAGACUGCCUGCUUCACGUCUGAAACUCUGGCCUCCCAGAACCUCCUUUAAUGGCCCCAAAAAUGUGGAAAUAGUUUUGAGCAAGGUAGGGACUGUACAGAGGACGUGACAAUAACUCUCAGCUGAGUUCCUGUAAUGUGCGGGUGAUUUUGGUAAAUGAUUGUGUACAGUCCCAAUAUGACUUGAAUGCCCAUCAUAAUUAAAAAAAAAAAAAAAAAAAAAGUAAUGAUAGAGUCUGAAACAUGGAUAGUUUCUGAUACCUGAUGAAUUGUGGACUUUUCUACUUUACUGUACAUCAUACAGAAAUGGUUAUAAUAAAAAAAAAGAGAUUUUAAUGCUAGUAGAUAUUAUCAAUAAUUCUCAUUGUUAGGUUUUUUUAAUUAUAUUUUAAUCACUUCAGUGCUCCAUUCUUUGUACGUUGAUUACUAAGAUAAUCAAUCAAAUUACUGAGGUAGUCAACAUUUAAUUAUUUAGUUUUUAACAUUUAGUUUUGCAAGAUUAUAGCGUUGUCUUCUUUUGAGUUGGUGCAAUAUUACCACCUACUGGCCUGGAGUAUAUCAAGGAAGGCUAAAAGGAAAAAUGUUGAAGAGACAUGACAUUUAAACAUCAAGCGAACACAAGUUACACAGCAUUUCAAUGCAUAUUGUUAUUGAUUUUGAAUAAUUCACAACCUGUAAGAAAUAUAAGCCGUAUGAGUGCUGCUAAAUUGAAUCAAAUUUGAUUUCUUUCAAAGUGGACCUGAUAAGAAUAAGCUGAAAUGAAGCUGAGAAAAUCACAGGCAUAACUUUUCUCAUUUAACACAUAACUUAAAUACUGAAAUCCUGUGCAAGGGCUCUGGGUUCCUGACUUUGAUUUAAUGUCAAUGUAACCACAUUCUUUCUAUAUUGUAAGUGAGCGAAAAAUAUUAUUGUCCUCCUCAGACUUCUAUACUUCUUUAUAUUUUUGAUUGUUGACUUGCUGAUUAUGGGUUUGAUUCUUAACUCAGCUUUUAUUCAUCAUGUUCUUAAAUACGCAUAAAGAAAUCCAAUCAUCCAUUUUUGAAAUUAUAAUAGUCAUGAAAUCUGGUGUUAUUUCUUUCUCAGAUUUGUUAUGCGACGUACAAAGAAUGGAGCUGUGACAGAGAAACACAUUGAUUAUCUUCCCAAUGCAUAUUAAACACAUUGUAUAGUUGUUUGCUUUAGGCAAGAAAAAACGGAGAAACCGUUAAAACUAAUUAGUUAUUGCAGAGUUGCACAGUGAAACAUAAUUAGAAAGAGACAGUUUUAGUUUUUAUCUUUAAACUAAAAGCUUCUUAAAGACAGCUUGUCUGUCAGUCAGUGAGGAUGGUUUUAUCUGCAAUAGAGUUUUUUUGUUUGUUUUAACAGCUGGCCAUUUAAAGCACACUGUUUCAAAAUGCAAUACAUUUACUCAAACAAAAGGCAUCAAACUCCACUUCAGUGCAUCUGCUGUCGGGAUCUGCGGAGGGAAAACGGGUCAAACUCUAAACUCAAUCCACAGUUGUUUUUCUUCGCAAAGCAGAACACAACGAUCAACUUUUGCUUAAAUUUCCUUUUUUUUUUCCCCAUAUCUUAGGUGAAUUGCAAUAAUUUUUGUGUGUAUAGUUGAAGAGGUAUAAGGGGGUGUUUAAAGUUUGCAAUAAAUGUACUCUGCUGUGUACAGUUACAUUUCUUUCUUUUUUUUUCCUUUUUUUUUAGUUUUACCUUAAAUUGUGCUUGUACUUGUUUCUAUUUUUUGUGUAACGAUUUCCGAAAGAACAAAAUUAUUUUAAAAAAUUUUUAAAAGGAAAUCUUAGUAUUUUUUUAGGGUUAUUGUUUUUAUUUGGUCUUAAAAAUAUGGAGGAGAUAGGAUUUUAUUCUUAAAAUAAAACGGUGGAAUCAUGAA